AAUCUGUUUCAUACAGUCACACGAUACGUAUCAACACGGUCGUGAGCAUUAUUACUGAAUGCGCAUGACCAGUUUUAUAGGCUUUAUUUAGAAGCUUACGCAUGUGAAAACCCACCUAAUAGUGAUUUCAUUGAAGCCAGAUAAUUAAUUUGCGAAUUCCCCGGGUUGGAUGGUGAAGAUGGCCCUCCGUUUCUUCAGUUUGACGAGGACAUCCAAGAAAUGUCUUUUGCUGCUUCUGUUUUUGGUGGGUUUUGUGAAUUGGUAUCUCGGAAUACGGUCUGUAGAUUUGAGUGAUCAUGAGGAGCCAGGCAGGAAUAACUAUCGGGCUGUAAGUCGUGAUCAGCCCGUAACUGAACACGGUAAGCCACACAACUAUACGAAACUCGUUACACUAAACAAACGAGUGGACUCUGAAUCCUGCCCGUCCUGGUGCUACGGGCGACCAUCUCGUCAUGACCAACAUACCGAACGGAACGACAGCACUAAGACUAAGCCGUACUUCCUCACUGCCGUCUUGUCGUUCCGGAUUUACGACUGGAAGGACAAGGCUAAACUCAGCACACGGGAGCUCAACCAGUGGAUUCGGUACGUAAGCUACGCCGGAGCGGACCACGUGUAUCUUUACGAUGCGUACGUCUACCAGAACGAAUCGCAGAAAGAAGGCGUUCAGGACUUCAUCGCAAGCGGAUUCGUGACGUACACGGAUUGGCAUCACCGUGCCGCACCCUUCUCUCUGGGAUGGACGCAAGCCGGUGCGUACGCCGAUUGUAUCCAACGUUGGGGUGACCUCACCUCCUGGCAACUGGGAGUAGAUAUGGACGAAUACCCCUUCGUUCCAGCAGACCGGGAGCCUGGAUUUCUGGCCCGAUACUUGCGGGCGUUUGAUUCCUCGUCACCCACUGCGGCUAGCAUCUCCGAGCUUAGCAUGCCGAACUAUCUGUACCUUGGCAAGCCAUUGGAUGUCAAAAAACACCCACUUCUCAUUGAUAGGAUUUGGAGAAGGAGCAAAAAGCCAGCCAACCACCUCGUCAAGCCGGUAUACAGGCCGGCUGCCAUACGACAUCCCGAUAUACAUCACAAUUCGCUCAAGUACGGGACUAGUAAAACUCUGCCUGAUAAUGGUUUGCGCAUGAACCAUUACUGGGGAUCACGAUUGCAAAAUUGGGGCGAUGACACGAAGGAAGUCCUAGAUAUGACAGUAGAUGAUAGAAGCAUGGAACCCGUCAUUGCUAGUCUAUACAAGUGUGAUUCGUGUAGGCCUCCGUACCAAUAAUCAGAACGUUUGUGCUAAUUUUUCUUUAAAAAUCCGGUGUUUCAAAGUGUUUUCAGUUUCUUUAAUAUUUCAAUGGCAUAUCCAUAUUGAUAUACACGUCAGAAAAGUUCAGCAGAAAUUUAUCAAUCCUGGCCAGCAAUUUUGUUUAUUAUUUGUUGAUUAAAUCGGUCAUUAGGGAACUUUUCCCAUAGACUUGUGCACACAUUUUU